CUGUAAGAUGACAGUUCUGGGGGUUUAUGAGUGUGAGAACAUCCCAGGCAAUAUUAAUGAAGUCGCAACACCAGAAGUAGCGAAAACAUUUAUACAUCUUCGUCAAAUCGCUGGGAAGAUACCCCCAUUAGAUCCAGAUGCCGAAAUCCUCAUGCUAGUGGGUAGAGAUUUAGCACAAGCCCACAAAGUCAGAGAAUCCAUCAACGGACCAAAUCACCUGCCAUGGGCUCAAAGAUUGGAUUUGGGCUGGGUGAUCAUGGGGAGGUUUGUCGGAAUGGAGCCCACGUUAGAAAAGAUGUGGUCAGCACGUUUUAUACAAGAUUGAAAUGUGGACGGAGAUCAGCAAGUUUUGAACCUUGCCAGAACACCAUUGAGAUUCAAGAAAGAAGAAACAGCUGGCCCGAACGCAUUGGCGAAGAUCUAUUUGUGUGUACUCGGCUUGAUGAAAAGUUUGGCGCUUCUGCUGAAGACAAAAAAUUUAUGGAGCUGAUGAGCCGAGAAAUGAUUAAGGACAGCCAAGGAAAUUGGUCUGCACCACUGCCUAAAGCCGCUUCCACAAUUCCCAGACUAGAACUAUGCGCAGCAGUUCUUGCUACAGAAGUUGAAAACUAUGUGAGACAGGAGCUACAACUAGAAAUCGAUGAGUCCCGGUUCUACAGUGACAGUAAAGUAGUAUUAGGUUACAUCACCAACCGGAAACGUCGUUUCCACACCUAUGUCUGCAACCGGGUCAGCAAGAUACAUAGAACAUCAAAAUCUGACCAGUGGAUGUAUGUUCCAACUGAGAAAAACCCAGCUGACCAAGCAACUAGGUCUAUCCCAGCUACUGAGUUAAAUGAUUCAUUGUGGAUGUCUGGGCCAGAAUUCCUGAAACAAAGAUAUUUGUCAACUGACCAGAACCAUAUAGAAAGAAAUGUAGAGCUCCUACCUAAUGAUCCAGAGGUGCGUCCAAGUACCAUCGCCUGUAACAAGGUUGUCUUGAACCAGGCAUGCAUUGGAGUUGAAAGAUUCAGCCGAUUUUCCAGCUGGGAAUCAGCAGUUCGAGUUGUUACAAAUCUUAAACAUAUUGCUCGUUCAUUUACACGCAACAACGAACUUGAAUGUGGGUGUACAGGUUGGCAUGUAUGCCAGACACCAAAAUCAGUAGAUGAGAGAUUUGAAGCAGAGAAUAUGAUUAUUAAGAGUGUCCAGGGUGAGACCUUCGCUGCAGAUAUGUCGGAGGUGAGAAGUAGAAAGCUAACAAAGAGCAACAAGCUCAUAAAAUGGAACCCCUACAUUGAUAACAGAGGAAUUCUUAGAGUUGGCGGUAGACUGAGCUAUUCGUAA